AGGAGGAGUUUCUUCUUCUCUCUGUAUUUCAGUCUGUUGUUGACAGCUGGAGUUUCUUCUUCUCUCUGUAUUUCAGUCUGUUGUUGACAGCAGGAGGAGCAGUGGUCCGCCGUGGAGCCGCGACAGAUGACAGGAGGAAUGGAGGAAUAUCAGAACGGCAGCGAGGGCUCCUUCAACUCUGAAGAAGCUGAUAAUAUUGUCAAAGAGUGUAUCGAGAACGUUGUGGGUGGUGACGACUACAGCCAGAGUCAGGUGAACAAAUGGACCGCCAGCAUCGUGGAGCGCUGCCUUACACAGCUGGUCAAACAGGGGAAACCGUACAAGUACAUCGUGACAUGUGCUGUGAUGCAGAAAACAGGAGCAGGCCUCCACACAGCUAACUCCUGCUACUGGGACACGGCCAUGGACGGAAGCUGCACCGUGAGGUGGGAAAACCGCACCAUGUACUGUGUGGUCAGUGUGUUUGCUGUGGCUGUCGCAUAGGACACACACACUCAUAAGAACCAGUACCACCAGAGGAGUAGUGCUGCAGUGUGUUCCUGUGAACAGCAGGAGGCCACCAAGUGCCAUACAGCUGGAAGCUUGACCUUUAACCUCUAAAGGAAAAGAACACAACUGUAUUUUCAGCCUUCUGAUGCAUGCACACAUCAUCAUCUUAAUGUAUUUAUCUUCUCUUGUCACUGCAGUGUUUUAGUAGUGUCACAUCUAGCUGUAUUUAUCAACCGCUUUCUUCUUCUUCUUCUUCUUCUUCUUCUUCUGUGUUUUCUGAUGUUUAUCAUGUGUAUCAUGUCAACAAAGAGAGAGGAUUUUUGUACUCGGAGCAGGAAAAUAAACAUGAAGAGAUUUUAUGAGCAAACAGCAGUAUUCAGUCAUUUAUCUUAAAUCAAUAAAGGCAGAAAACACCA